AUGGAUAGUGGAUACAUGGAUAAUUAUAUUUCAGCUAAGGUAGUUCAGAAACUGGGAUUACCUGUUACUACACAUUCUCAUCCUUAUUCAGUAGGUCGGGUCAAUAGUUAUUUUUCUCAGAAAAUUACUCACCAAUGUCUUGUUGAGUUUGCACUUAAGGGUUAUCAAGAUUCAGUUUUAUGUGAUGUUAUUAAUAUGACUUCUGCACAUUUACUACUUGGAAGGCCUUGGCAGUAUGAUAUGUGUGCAGUUCAUAAUCGUUUUGAGAAUACAUAUACCUUUUUCAAGGAUGGCAAGAAUAAAACUUUAGUUCCUUCUAAAUCUACAGUUGUUUACAAAGAGCAUAGUGAUGGCAAGACAAGUGAAUUAGUAGCUAGCAUUGUGAAGCAGCUACAUGCACAUACUCUUAAUUCACAUGAAGAUUCUAAGCCAAUGAUAGUCAUUCCGGAAAAGGUGCAGCCUUUAAUCAACCAGUUUCAUGCCUUAUUCCCAUAUGAUCUUCCAAAAUCUUUACCACCUUUCAGAUAUUUACAACACCAAAUUGAUUUCAAUCCUGGUGCAUCUCUUCCAAAUCAUGCUCAUUACAGAUUAAGCCCUAAAGAACAUGAGAUUUUGCAAGAACAAGUAAAUGAUUUAUUGGAGAAAGGUUUGAUCAGAUUGAGCAAGAUUCCUUGUGCUAGUCUAGCAUUUCUUGUUGAUAAGAAGGAUGGAGGAUGGAGAAUGUGUAUUGACUGUAGGGCUCUAAACAGAAUCACUAUUCCCUAUAGAUUUCAUAUACCAAGAUUGGAUGAUUUGAUUGAUAUGCUUGUUGGGUCUAAAGUAUUUUCUAAAAUUGAUCUACGCAUUGGUUAUCAUCAGAUUCGAAUUAGAAUGGGAGAUGAGUGGAAAACAGCUUUCAACACUCGUGAAGGAUUAUAUGAGUGGCUGAAGAAGCAGAUAAAAGUUUUAAUCCUCUUUAAGGAAAAGUUAUGUAGUGCACCAGUUCUUGCAAUGCCAGACUUUACUAAGCCUUUUGAAGUAGAUUGUGAUGCAUCUGCUGUUGGGAUUGGAGUUGUAUUGUCUCAAAGUGGUCAUCUUGUUGCUUUUCACAGUGAAAAGAAUUCAGAAGCUAAAAAGAAGUGGUCAACUUAUGAGCUUGAAUUAUAUGCUCUUACAUUAGCUAAGGUAAAUCGAAUGCAUGACAGAUGGUUAUCUACCAUAAAUCAGUAUACUUUAUCUAUUAAACACAAGAGUGGUAAAAUGAACCAAGUAGCUAAUGCUUUGAGUAUAUGUGCUCGCUUUCUUGUCACUCUUCCCAGUGAGAGCGUAACUUUUAAUUACUUCAAAGACCUGUAUGUUAAUGAUGCAAAUUUUAAGACAAUUUGGGAGCAAUGUAGGAAUAUGUCUUCUGGGAUUGAUGAUUUUCUUAUCCAAGAUGGAUUUCUCUUCAAAGUGCCUGAAGCUCCCUGGAUCGAUGUAAGUAUGGAUUUUGUACUUGGAUUGCCGAGAACAGUUAAAGGAAAUGAUUCAGUUAUGGUAAUUGUUGAUAGAUAUUAA